AUGAAAGCGGCGGUGCUGUAUCACUAUCCUUGCCCAGACGGUGCGUUUGCUGCUUUGGCCGCCCACCUCUACUUCUCAGCCAUGUCUAUGGAAGAACUCCUCUUCUUCCCCAACACCGUCUACAGCCCCAUCACCCCCCAACACCUCCCUCUCCACCAGAUCGACCGCCUCUACCUCCUUGACUUUGUGGGUCCCCCUGGUUUUGUCCAGGAGAUCUCGUCCAGGGUCCCCAGCGUCGUCGUUCUGGACCACCACAAGACUGCCCUCGAAACGACGCGCAUUGGUGAAAACGUCACCGGUGUCCUAGACAUGAACAGGAGCGGGGCCACCAUUGCUUUUGAUUACUUCAAAAGCAAAAUUUACGGUGACAGUGGCGACAAGAACGAGGCGGUGGUUGCUCAGUUUGACAGAGUGAGGAGGCUGUUCGAAUAUGUGGAGGAUGGGGAUCUCUGGAGGUGGAGCCUCCCUAAUAGUAAAGCUUUCAGUAGUGGGCUCAAAGAUUUAAACUUUCAAUACGACGUCGGCCUCAACCCGUCUUUGUUCCAACAACUGCUUUCUUUGGAUUUAGAGUCCUUAAUUAGUCAAGGAAUGGCGAGCUUAUCAAAAAAGCAGAAAUUAAUAGAUGAAGCUCUCAAUCGGUCUUAUGAAAUUGCACUUGGGGGUGGAGCCUUUGGACAUUGCCUGGCUGUCAACGCAGAUUCUAUCUCAGAGUUGAGGAGUGAACUCGGACAUCAAUUAGCUACUAAAAGCCGUAGUCUAAACUUAAGGGGUAUCGGGGCUGUUGUAUACAGAGUCCCAGAGCUUGAAAAUGACCAAAUGCUUAAAAUAAGCCUUAGGAGUGUGGACACCGAAGACACAACGCCCAUCUCACAGGAGUUUGGAGGCGGUGGGCAUCAAAGCGCUAGUUCCUUCAUGUUAGGCUCUGCAGAAUUCGAGCAGUGGAAGAUUGGCUUUGUUGCUUUGUGA